AUGCACACAAGCAAGACUAUUCCGUUCGAUGCCCUCGAUCUUUACGCAUUGUCAAUAGGAAUACCAAAUCUCGCUUUCAGAAACAAGCCCGUUAUGUCAUCUCUCAUAGCUUUGGCGGCGGCAUGCAAAUCCAACGAUAUUCUCAAGCAGACCAAAACGCCUCUAGACAGUGGGACCUUGACUGAGCUGCAUGGACUACUUGAACUAGCGGAGCGCCAUCACAGGGAUUCCCUCCAGCACAUUCAAGCCACUGUGUCUCACUCGGAUUGGUACGACGAAGUCCUCGUGAAUGCGGCGUUGAUGGUUUUGUAUGCCUCUGCCAGUCACUCCAUCAGAGUACAUCUCGCGAUUAUUGCAAAACAAAGGGGCCGGCAACUACCAGACGAGCUGCUGCCACAACACUCACAGUGGAUCUCAUUCACUCGUGCAGCUCAUAUGGCCUCCACCGCAGUUCUCAACGACAUUAUCGAGGCCUCGGAUAAAACUCAGCCUAUAGGCAUUCAGACAGCACCCGCUACGAAACAAUGUCCAAAUGUCGAUUUGAGCAACACAGACGUCACGUCGCCUCAAAAUGGUCCAUCAGAGGAUACAGAACGUUUAUUUCUUCCUGUAGUGACAUCUACAUAUAUUCGAGCUCUCGAGAGACUAUCAGAGAGAGCCGAUUCCAUAUCAGCUCAUGUUGGGAGACCAGCGUCUUUUAACUCCGAUCUCCGAGAACUUGACGCAUGCUUGAAAGCUUUACCGAUCCUCGAGAAAUGUGCAUCCGCUGCCCUGUCUCCAAAAGAAAAGAAUGCAAAUGGCGAUGAUAUCGGGCAUGAAUGCCCGUUAUUUGAUGGAUCUACCAGAGUCUCACCCUGGGUUGGAAAAUACAUGAUUAGUGUGACAUCAAUGAAAGCGCCCAGGGCCCUGCGACGAACCGUCAUGUCUUUUUUGAACGAAACCCCUUCAGAGUACCUCAACGUCAUUCAGUCAAUACUCGAUUUACCCAGUGCAGAAUUGAGCCCGGUUGGACACGGAAUGGGGCAAGACUCACCCAAGAUUGAAAUUCCCUCGCUCGAUGCGACCCAGCUACUGGCCAUGGACAUCUUGGCUCAUUGGCUGGUGCUAGUAAUGCUACUGGAUGGAGUGUGGUGGAUUGGUGAUAUUGGACAGUGGGAAUUGGGACAAGUGGUGUCAGCGAUGAAGAAUCAAGAACUCUUUCAUCAAGUGAGGGAUGAUAAUGAGAGGUGGUGGCCCCAAAGCAUGUAUAUGGUAAAUCUCGAACUGAAAUUAUCUUCAUAG